CUCCGUCGCAUUUUCGAGAACCAAGGCACCAACUCCUUCCCCAAGUCGCAACCAAAACCCCAAACCCCACCACCGCCUCCCCUCCCACCCCCCUGCGAUGAGGAGAGGAAAGGUGAAGAGAGAGAAGGCGCCCGCGGGGCUCACCAUGGAGAAGAUCACGCCCGAACGCCGGUGCUGGAGGUCCUGGUGGUGCGCGGACGACGACUACCUCGAAGACGGCGAUGUCGGCGUCUUCCGCAUCGACCUCUGGAGAGCCUGGCGCAGCCUCGCCGUCGUCGACACCACCUACUCCCAGGGCGACGACGUCACCACCUCGUGGCUCAAGGAGGUCUCCUCCCUCCUCCGCGGCCGCCGUCUCCGCGCUCCCCUCGUCGUCGGCCUCGUCGCGCUCCGCGGCCGCCCGCCCAAGGACUGGCGAUGGUCAUGGAGCAGCCGGGGCGCGCGCGGCAAUCCGCAGAGCCCCGACAAUCCCAUCCGCUGCCUCGCGCUCUGUGUCGGCGGAUCCCACGCGCUCGUCUACCAGCCCGACUGCUGCUCCUACAACUACACCGGUGGCCCGCUCCCUUUCAGGGAAGACAACAAGAUGAGGCUGCUCCGCGAGUUUCUGACUGACAAGCGCGUCUUCGUGGCCUGUCUCGGCGCGGCGGAGGUGGCGAAGAAGCUGGCGGAGGAGUGGGGGCUGCACGUAGCGAGUCCGGCGGAGCUGACGGAUCUGUUCGCCCGCGCCUACGGCAAGGAGAUCCGGGUGGAACCCGAGGUGCUUCCGGGGAAGCCGGUAAUGCCGGAGAAGAACUACUACUGGAUGAGCCGUGAGAUGGCCGACACGGCGAGGGCCAAGGUGCAGGCACAUUAUGAUACAGAGUUGCAGGAGUACGAGGAGAAGAGCAAGCAGGGGAGGUGGAUCCCGAAGGCGAUCAAGGGGCUGAGCAUGGAGUACAUGGCACGGGUGGCUCUGGGCCCGGACAUGCGGCUGGCGCCGUUGCCUGCCAAGUUGGCCGACGCGGACUGGGGCGGCCGCGACCUGCCCGACGCGGACGACAAGUGGAUGUACGCCACGCGCGAUGCCUACCUCUGCUUCGACAUCGCCGCCCACUGCCUCCCGAGGAUCGGCCUGCCAGUUGCCUGAGAUCGUUCCAAGCCGCAGCAACCUGCAAGUACGUGCCGUCUCUCUCGCGAUCGACUCCUGACGUGGUGGGCAACUCGAUGGUCUACAUCUCACGUACUCGUUUUGCACUAUCUGAACUUUGGCUACACCUGUUUGGGUUCAAUGCUUUGGGCUAAUCUCUCUGCCGACCGAUGCUGCGUUGAGUUGUUCUUGUCUUCCAUUAGCUGGUGUUUUCUAGUUUCUUUGCUGUGAUGGAACACUGUUGGUGAUACUUGUUUGAAACGGAUGGUGACGCUGUUUGAUCUGAGAUGUGACUAGUCUACAGCUCUUCUAUAUGUGAUCUAUGUUGCAAAUACAAGGUUGUGUUCUUAUAAUCCUGUUAGUCUUGCUUGCUCAUUUUCUCCCAGUUUCAGUCGUA